UGCGAUGAGAGAGAGUUUUCGAGGAAGAGGGGCUGCACGAGGUAUUCGUGCUCGACGAUUUAUACCAUAUACAUGUAGAGCCCGCCGACCACGUGGAGCUCGCAUCGCUUCAUACCAUUCCACUAGCUCAGAUGCAGAUCCGUCAGGCUCGGAUGACUCAACGCAGCCUCCCAGUCAUCCAUGAGAGCCACCAUGUCCAACUCCAAUGCCCCCACCUAGGACGAAUAGAGAACCGUCACCCGUAAUAGAACCUCCACCUAAUGGAGACAAUAUCGAAGUGACAGCCCCCACAAUGCCUGAAGCAAAUCAAGAAUAGCCCAAACGUAGACGUGGGCCUGCUAAGUGUAUUGAGUUCGAGAAAGCGAGAAAGUACGGCAAAGUCCUUUUGAAGAUUAAUGACGAUGAAACAUCCUCGUGCUGCGAGAACGCAUCCAUGUUCACGACACGGGUAGCAAAAAUAGUAAAACAACAUUGUGACAUGAGUUAUGCGAGGUGGACUGAUGUGCCUGAUGCAGAAAAGAACGAGUUGAUCGAACGUGUGAGGGGUGACUUCAUGUUGGAUUGGGAUCGGGAGAAUCAUAGAUUGGCCAUCUUGAAGCAGUUGCGUAAGCGGUUCAAUGCAUUCCAUCACGAAUUACACAAAAACUAUUUAUCAUACAGAAGUCACGAAGAAGCAUUGGCUUCUGGGUGUACCAUGGUCAACGACAACGACUGGGUUAAGUUGUGUGAGAGGUGGGGAACCGAAAAAUUCAAGAAAAUCUCAGCACAAAAUCGGGAGAAUAGAAAUAGGCAAACCGUUAACCACACAGUUGGCCGCAAAUCCUUUGUUAGGAUGUUGGAGGAGAAGGUACAAUCUUUAUUAAAUGGAUUUUUGCCGUAACUUGU